ACCAAAAAAAAAAGAUUUUUAUACCGUAAUGCUAGAAUUUAAUGACAAGUUUAACAGGCUGUUAAUAUAGUACUAACAAACUAGGAACAAGAAAAAUAAAAGGCUGCAGAUACAAAAGUGCUUCAUCAAUCAAAUUACAGAACUCUUGAUGGCUGCUAUAAUGAAAAAAAAGAAAAGAAUAGCACUUGUAAAAAUUAAAAAACAAAGAAAAUAAAAAUAUUAUUAUAGUGAGAAAAGGAAGUAACUUUAAAACUAUCUGGAGAGUUCAAUAUAAUACUAUAUAUGUAUAUAUUUAGAAAUAAUAUUUUAGAGAGAGAGAAAUUGAUAGAAACAUAUAUAAACAUCAGAUUACUAGAAUCAUUCAACAAGAUUCUGUUAAUCUCUUUAGAGUCUUCUCAUUCAAGAAUAUGAAGAGAAGAAGUAGUGUGAAAAGUGUGAAGAGAGAGGGAGAUAUGAUGGGGACAUACGUACAGGCUUCCACGUGGCAUCAUCUGAGUGGCAUUGUCCUUUGGCUCGCUUCCCACAAAGCCCACCCCCAUCCCCCCCGAAGAACCCCCCAUACCCACCCACCCACCCACCCACUUUGCUUGCCCUAUGUCAGUGUUUGGUGUGGGGUGUUGUUGUAUGUGUUGAGCUGUGUGUUGUUGUGUUGUGAUGUGUAACUCCCAAAGUCCUAUAACCCCGCUGAAUGAAUCCGUAUUUGGAUGCACUCUCUCUCUUUCUAUCUAUUUCUCUCUCUCUCUCUCUCUCUCUAAAACCUUUUCUUUCUCUCGCUUUCACGCUCUCUAUUUAUAUCUUUUGUCUACCUUGUACACCGCUUGCUUUAUCUCUCUUAUUUCUCAUACCCUAAAUUGGUUUACUUUGCCCCCUUUCUCACUUUUGCGGUUCUUGAUUCAGCUAUCCUAGAUAGAAAGAUUGGAUUUUUACCUAUUCUUUGUCAGUUUUGAUCCAUAGGUAAGAGAGGCGUAUGUGAUCAAUUUGAUGCCUAAAGGUCAUGAUUUUUUGGCUUGAGAUGUACAUUCCCCUAUGCAGUGAUGAAAGAAAACGGUUCAUCAUCCAGUAAAAUGCUUAGCAGAGACUGGGUUUUAAAACGCAAGCGUCAGAAACUUCCCUCUGGUUCUGAUGUGUCAAAUGGCAAAGAAAAAGUUUCAAAACCCUUGGAUUUACCCUCGAGUAACUCACUCAAAUUUCGAGUGAAAAACGAAAUGACUUCAAGUCGUUCUUCUAGCAAGAAGAAAGGGAAUGAUGGGUACUAUUAUGAAUGUGUUGUUUGUGAUCUUGGUGGAGAUUUGCUUUGCUGUGAAAGCUGUCCGCAAACCUUCCAUCUUGAGUGUCUGGAUCCUCCUCUUAAGCGUAUACCAACUGGAAAGUGGGAAUGUCCUAGUUGCAAUCAGAAGAAUGGUACAGUUGAGUCUGUUAAUCCUCUAGAUACUGUCUCCAAACGAGCAAGGACAAAAGUUACAGGUGGAAGAGCUAACAAUGUAAAGAAGCCAUCUGGAAUCUCCAAGGUAUCCCUGAUUUUUAAAAGCUCCAUUCCUAGUAAGAGAAGAUCCUCAGGCAAAGAAAAAACUCCUUUAUCACAUCGCAAUCAAAUGGAGAAGCUGGGUUCUUCCUCCAAUGAUGUUUCUUGUGAUAUUAAACCAAGUCAUCAUUCCCGGGAUAGUGCUGUGGAUGGUAAGUCAUUGUACACAGGUGUUGAUAAAGAAAAGGAGGUUCCUCCUGAAGAUACUCCUAUGGAGAAGGAAGUGCCUCCUUCAGAUACUCCAGCUGAGAAGGAGGUGCCUUCUGCAGAUACUCCAUUGGAUAAGUCGAGCUCUUCAAUGAAUGAUACAGUGCCCUUUUUGAAUAUGAUGGAUUCAAAGACAAAUGACAAUGCCUCUGAAAAGAAGCCUGACUUGGCUUCUAGUGAUGGAUCUCCAGGUGGUGAACCUGUAGUUGUUUCGGAGGCCGCUUCUAGGAAAGACAGGAAACGGAAACCAAACUUUUACAGCAUUGACAGUCAGAACAAAUCUAGGACUGACAAGGGAAAGCGAGCUGCUGAUAAUACUAAAAGGUCUGGUUCAAAGACGAGCAAAUCGAAAAAAAAGCAUAAGCGUGAUAAUCACCAGUCUUCAGCGACUGCAUCAAGUAGGGAUGGAAGAGAUGCUGUUGGAACCCACCUUAAAGAUGAGUUGGUUUCUGAAGAGGCUGCUCAGUCAUCGGAUCUGUUGCGUGAAGCUGGAAAAGUUGCUAUUGAACCUUUAAUAUAUGAUAAUAACGAUCCCGGUCUUCAACAGGUUGAUAAGGUUCUGGCAUGUCGAGUUCAAGGUGAUAAUAUUAGUCGUUUGCAUGAUAUCCCCCGAAUAAAUGCAAAUUACCCAGCAUUGGGAGAUUCAGUGAGAGGGAAAGCAAAGGAUGGAGAGCCCAGUUGUGAUGUGCCUGUAGUUGAGGUUGGUAUAGAAUAUUCAGGUAGUGGCUCUCAAGAAACUUUGGACAUUCCUGAUGGAAAAAGCUUGAAGGAUGAUACCAGCAAGGAUACUUUGGACAUUCCUGAUAAAGGAAAAAGCUUGAUGGAUGAUACUAGCAAAGAUAAAGUUCAAGUGUACAGAAGAUCAGGUAGCAGAGAAUGCAAGGAAGGAACUGGCACAGUAAAGGAAGACCCUCAAGGUUCAGUAUCUGAAGGUGCAAUCAACAAAAGCGAAGAAGACAUUGCUGUGAAUGCUGCUGAUGAUCUGGCUAAUAUGCAGAAUACUUCUGGAGAAAGCAAUGAUUCCACUGAAAAGAACUAUAAUGACAAUGCCGAGUCAAAGGAUAAUGUCAUAUCUGUGACUCAUAAAGUUGGAACUGCCAAGGGAAUAGAAGAAGAAAUGAUUACUACAGAUACCACCCCUUUCAAGAAAAGUGAGGAGACUGUCUUGGCUAAACCACCAACAUCCAAUGGCGUAAAUGUCUUCUAUGAAUAUCUUGUUAAGUGGGUUGGGAAAUCAAACCUUCAUAACUCUUGGAUCCCAGAGUCUGAGCUGAAAGUUCUGGCAAAAAGAAAGCUGGACAACUACAAGGCAAAGUAUGGGACAGCAACAAUAAAUAUUUGUGAUGAACAGUGGAAGCUGCCUCAGCGAAUUAUUGCAACUCGGUGUAGUACGGGUGGUUCAGAUGAAGUGUAUGUGAGAUGGACAGGUCUUCCUUAUGAUGAAUGUACCUGGGAAAAAAUAGAGGAACCUGUGAUUGCAAAAUCAUCUCAUUUGAUUGAUCAGUUUAAUCAGUUUGAAUCCCAAGCAUUAGCCAGAAAUGCUACCAAGGAGGAUAUGGUGAGAAAAAGGAGAGAAUGCCAUAAAAAUGAUAUAGUGACUCUGACAGAGCAGCCUAAAGAACUGGGAGGCUCAUUAUUUCCACAUCAAAUGGAGGCUUUAAAUUGGUUGCGCAAGUGCUGGUAUAAAUCCAAAAAUGUUAUUCUUGCUGACGAGAUGGGGCUUGGGAAGACAGUAUCAGCUUCUGCUUUCUUAUCAUCUUUGUAUACCGAGUUCAAUGCUGCACUUCCUUCUCUAGUUUUGGUUCCUCUGUCCACAAUGCCAAAUUGGAUGGCAGAGUUUCAGUUAUGGGCUCCGCACCUCAAUGUUGUAGAAUACCAUGGGACUGCUAAAGCAAGAGCUGUGAUUCGCCAAUUUGAAUGGCAUGCAAGGGAUCAAAGUGAUCUGUCAAAGAGGUCGACCUCAUACAAAUUUAAUGUUCUUUUGACUACAUAUGAAAUGAUUCUUGUCGAUUCCACUUAUCUGCGUGGGAUUCCCUGGGAAGUUCUUGUGGUUGAUGAGGGACACCGUCUUAAGAAUUCUAGUAGUAAACUCUUUAACAUGCUCAAUACGUUCUCUUUCCAGCAUCGGGUGCUAUUGACUGGUACUCCUCUUCAGAACAACAUUGGCGAGAUGUACAAUUUAUUAAAUUUUUUGCAGCCAUUGUCAUUUCCUUCAUUAUCAUCAUUUGAGGAGAAGUUUAAUGAUCUUACAACAGCCGAGAAGGUGGAAGAAUUGAAAAAACUUGUUGCUCCGCACAUGCUUCGAAGGCUGAAAAAAGAUGCCAUGCAAAAUAUUCCUCCUAAAACUGAACGAAUAGUUCCUGUUGAGUUAUCUUCUAUUCAGGCGGAAUAUUACCGUGCAAUGCUUACAAAGAACUAUCAGCUUCUUCGCAACAUCGGGAAAGGAGUUGCACAGCAAUCAAUGCUGAAUAUUGUUAUGCAGUUAAGAAAAGUUUGCAACCAUCCUUAUCUCAUACCAGGAACUGAGCCUGAAUCUGGUUCACUGGAAUUUCUUCAUGAAAUGAGAAUAAAGGCUUCUGGAAAGCUGACUCUUCUGCACUCUAUGCUCAAAAGUUUGCAUAAAGAAGGUCAUAGAGUCCUUAUAUUUUCACAGAUGACUAAGCUUCUAGAUAUUCUGGAGGAUUACUUGGCAAUAGAGUUUGGGCAAAAAACAUAUGAGAGAGUUGAUGGCUCUGUUGCCGUGGCUGACCGUCAAGCAGCAAUAGCACGGUUUAAUCAGGACAAAAGCCGAUUCGUCUUCUUAUUAUCAACACGCUCUUGUGGCCUGGGGAUCAAUUUGGCUACUGCAGAUACUGUUAUUAUCUAUGACUCUGACUUCAAUCCACAUGCAGAUAUCCAGGCAAUGAAUCGGGCUCAUCGUAUUGGACAGUCAAAGAGACUUCUAGUUUACCGGCUAGUAGUCCGUGCCAGUGUUGAAGAGCGGAUACUUCAGCUUGCUAAGAGGAAGUUGAUGCUUGAUCAGCUUUUUGUGAACAAAUCCGGGUCCCAAAAGGAGGUUGAGGACAUCCUUCGAUGGGGAACGGAAGAACUUUUUAGUGAUUCCUCUAGCAUGGCAGAGAAAGAUGCUGUUGAAAACUCCAGCAACAAAGAAGAAACAGUUCCUGAAGUAGAGCAUAAACGCAAGAGAACUGGUAGCCUGGGUGAUGUUUAUAAAGAUAAGUGCACCACGGGAAGCACUAAGAUUGUGUGGGAUGAAAGUGCCAUUUUGAAAUUGCUUGACCGUUCAAAUCUUCAGUCAGAAUCACCUGAUAACAAUGAUGCAGAACUGGAGAAUGAUAUGCUUGGCUCAGUGAAGUCACUGGAAUGGAACGAGGAAGGUGCAGAAGAGCAAGCUGGAAUAGCAUCAGAUAUGGUGGUGAGUGAAGACACUUGUGUACAAGAUGUUGAGAAGAAAGAGGAUAAUGUGGUUGGUAGCAAUGAAGAAAAUGCGUGGGACAAGCUUCUAAGAGUGAGAUGGGAGAAGUAUCAAAGCGAGGAGGAAGCAACGCUUGGUCGAGGCAAGCGCCAAAGGAAAGCCAUUUCUUACAGGGAAGCAUAUGCUUCAUCACACCCCAAUGAAACAACAAUAAAUGAGAGUGGUGCGGAAGAGGAGCAGGAGCCUGUGCCUGUGCCUGUGCCUGUGCCUGAACCUGAGCGAGAUUAUAGUCCAGCUGGACGAGCAUUAAAGGCAAAAUAUGCUAAGCUCCGUGCUAGACAAAAGGAACGGGUAGCCCGUAGAAAUGCAAUUGAAGCAUCUGGACCCAUGGAAGGACAGGCUGGACAAGAGUCUACCUGUCCUUUCCUGCCUUCGCAAGCUCAUGAUGUGAAUCCGAUGAAUGUACCAUCCCAACACCGUGAAGAGAAACAUGUGGCCAUGAACUUAAAUAACAAUAGCUGUCUUAAAUCAUCCGAUACACACAAAAACAUGGGUGACUCAACCUUAAGGUUGGAGAAGUUGAAACAUAAAUUGAAUGAUAACUCAGAUCUUCCAUCAAGUGGCCAUCCUCUUGCAGAUAUUCCCCAGUCAAGUAAUCAUGCACAAGAUAUGAGCUAUAUUAACUCUGUGCCCAACAAACACCUUUUACCAGUUCUGGGACUAUGUGCUCCUAAUGCUCGUCAGGCGGAGUCACCACAGAGGAACUUCUCGAAGUCAAACAGCCGACAGCACAGACAAGGAUUAGGACUGGAAUUCCCAACUAUUGCUCCUCCUCAGCUUUCAACUGAAAUGGUUGCUAAAGGUUUCCCUCGGAGAUUUAGAUUGCCAGAUCUUCAUCUUGAUUCUUCACAACAGCCUCCAAAGAAUAGCUUGCCUGAUUCUUAUCUCCCAUUCAAUCCACAUCCUCGAUCUGUCAUGCGAGAAAGAGGUUCUGCUGGUAAUUUAAAGAACUCUGGUGUUACUUCCUCUGAUAUUCAAGAAAAGACAGCAUUGCCCAAAACUUUUGAUGAGCCAUUGUUACCAAGAUACGCAUUUCCUUCUAUGAACAUGCCCCGUCCACCCUCCGACUUGUUUCCCAGCUUGUCUUUGGGUUCAAGAGUUGCAGAUGUGAAUGAGCCUGUUCAUGAGCACCCUGUACUGCCCUUUUUGCCGAAUCUCAAGUUUCCACCUCAUGAUGCUACUAGGUUUAACCCGCAAGAACAAGAUAUGCCUCCUGUACUGGGGUUAGGGCAUAUGGCACCUUCGUCAUCAUCAUUUCCUGAAAACCAUUGGAAGGUUCUUGAAAACAUUAUGCUGAGAACUGGGUUAGGAUCAGGAUCAGGCAACCUACCUAAAAGGAGAAACAAACUGGAUAUCUGGUCUGAAGAUGAACUGGAUUGUCUCUGGAUUGGUGUGCGUAGACACGGGAGGGGCAAUUGGGAUGCCAUGUUGCGGGAUCCAAAGUUAAAAUUUUCCAAGUAUAAAACUCCUGAAGUUUUAUCAAUUCGGUGGGAAGAAGAACAGCUCAAGAUCUUGGAUGGACCAGCAUUACCUGCUCCAAAACCAUCCAAGCCUACUAAAAUGGGAAAAUCUGGUUUAUUCUCAGGCAUUUCCGAUGGAAUGAUGGCUCGAGCAUUGCAUGGUAGUAAGCUAAAUGAACAGCUCUUACCAACCCACCUAACAGAUAUGAAAUUGGGGUUUGGUGAUCUGCCUUCCAGCUUUCCUCAUGUGGAACCUCCUGAGAGACUUGGUCUGAACAACAAUCAUAUCUCACAUCUUCCAACUCCCGGUGCUGACAAGUACCGCAUGAACAUUCCUCGAGAUUUGGGUGCAGGGCCAUCAGACAGACCAGGAGCUUCAUCAAGCUUUCUUACGGAGUCACCAUUUCUGCUGAAUUCGUUCGGCAGCAGUAGCUUGGGUCCUCUUGGCUUGGGUUGCCAGAACAGGUCUGACUUGCAAAAGGAGAAUGAUGAAGGUGCAAGUAGAUUUGUUAAAUUGCCUAGCCUUCUUGACAGGUGUUUAAAUAUCUCACAUGAUUCACACAACAAUGUGGGAGGUCCUGAAUCUUGCAAUUUUCCAUCACUUCCUGUAAUUGAUGAAGGUCAGAAAGUUUCUCAAUCAAAGGGCAAGGAAGUGGCUGAGUGUAGUUCACCGAAGAAUAAGCUACCUCAUUGGCUUCGUGAAGCAGUGAAUACUCGAGCAAAGCCUCCUGAACCGGAUUUACCACCUACUGUCUCUGCAAUUGCUCAGUCUGUUCGCGUGCUAUAUGGGGAGGAGAAGCCCUCCAUUCCUCCAUUUGUUAUUCCUUCUCCCCCUCCAUCUCGGCCCAGGGACCCACGGUUGAGCUUGAAAAAGAAGAAGAAGAAACAUGGCCUGCCAGUGAUGAGGCAGUUCCAGAAAGAUUUUGCAGGAACUAGUGAUGUACAGGGUAGUAGCUUACAUGUUGAGAAUAUGAGUGGAAUAAAUAGUCUGCAAGAUCCAGCAUUCCCUCUGCUUUCUAGAGUGAUGGCCAGAACUUCAGGACUUCCUUCAAGUGAAGCUAACUUUAAUAUGCCGCCUCCAAGUCUAAAUGUGAAUCCUUCAACUGUUUCAGUUAAUACAUUUCCCCUAAAGAGGAAAAGCACUGGAUUGUCCCCCUCACCCGAAGUGCUUCAAUUGGUUGCAUCCUGUGUUGCACCAGGUCCACCUAUUGCUACCAGUUCGAUUUUCCUUGAAAAUAUGGUCCCUCCCCCUAAGUCCGUUGAUCAGGUUGCAUCGUCAGACACCACAGAUUCACAUGAAAAGCAGGAAACAAAUCAUACCUCGGCUCCUAGUACAUGGGGUCCAUUUCAGGAAGAGAAAGAAGUUGAAGCUGAUAGCGGAGAUUCCAGCAAAACUCAGUCAGAUCCUGCUGGAGCUGGACAGGCAGAUGUAGAGGAAAUAUCAUCUGAAGGGACAGUCUCUGAUCAUCAUACGGAUGACCUGGAACCAUAGCUCUUUCCUAUGGGGAAGAGUUAAUUGUUGUAAUCAUCUCUUGCAGUGUAACAGAAGUGUCUGACCCUCCAUUAUUCUCAGUUUUUGUAGGGCAGGAUGCAGAUAAAGUAGCGAAUACAGUACAGGUUAGACCAGUUACUAUGUAAAACUUGUGUAAGAGAAAAGGGUAACAUAGCAGUUAGCGUAUAAUGUUGUUUGUCGUCGUUACAGUCAUAAGGUUUUGGCCUUGUAGGUGUUGUUUAGCCUAGGGAGCUGGAUACAGCAUCAAAACGUAGGUUCAUGUAAGCAAAUUUUGCUUGUAUGUAUUCUAUGCAAGUGGUGUCUGGGAUAAUAUAAUUCUCUUUACCUUUA